CAAAGCAAUAACCCAACACCAGAGCAAUGAGUUCCCUCCGGCUGGCGCUGAAGCAAUCCCUCGAGGAAUCGGGCGGCGGGCCGCUGUUUUCGGGGAACGGGGACAAGAAGAAGCGCAAGAAGAAAAAGACAGGAAACCUCCCGGGCGGCGAGUCGUCGCUCGCACAGGCUUCGUCACAGCAGCAAUCCCAGCAGCAACAACAACAGCAGCAGCAGCACCGCCGGGGAAAGUCCGCGUCGUCCAAGCGCAAGCGCGGGAGGCCCCGAAAGCACGGCCGCGCCGGGGAAAAGGGCCGAAAGCCGCAGGCAUCCACGCUAGAAACAUCCACCAAGACGAACAAGGCUACCGCGGGCGAACGGGAAGGGGACGACUUGUCGAGCGGACACAGCGAGCACGAGUUUACCGGCUCGGAGGACGAGGAGACGGACUACGACGACGACAGCGACGUGGACGAAGACGACUACGACGACGACGUGGACGACAGCGAGGUCGAUGACGAGGAAGAGGGCGCAAGGAGAAACCGGAGGAGGAGCCUCGACCGGCGCCGCAAGGUGGGGGACGAAGAAGAGGACGACGACGACGAUCUGGACAUGGAAGACGAGCCGAUGCCCAGCGACGACGACGAAGCCGGCGGGGGAAAGCCACCGCUUUCGAGAGACCGGUCGUCCGUGGCUCCUCUGUCCCUCUCCGCCCCGGCCUCGGAGGCGGCCUCGGCCGCCCUGGAACACCUACGGAAGGAGGAUGCUACCGCCAAGGCGAGCGAAACGGCAGGUGCGGCAGCAACAACUACAGCAACAACGGGCCGGACCGGAAGGGAUGCCCUUGGCGGCUCGGAAACCACGGCUUCCGAUGUUGCCCAAACCGGAAGCCAGAACCGAAAGGAACACGAGCACCAAACCGAUGCCACCGGCGGUUCCACGGCCACGGGCGACGGCAACAAAAACGCCGAGGCCUCUGCACAGCCGGCACCGUCCGGCGAAGGCACCGCGGAAGACUCGAUGGAAGCCCUGAAGAAGAAAAAGCUCUCAAAACUCAAGAAGAAGCAGGAAAAAGACUCGGCGGCGCACAAAAUCCAAAACCAGUGGAAGAAGAAAGCGAGGGACCUCACGGGCCAGAAACAGGCCGAGGCGGCGACCUUGCCUGCCCUUGGCAAUGGGUCUUCAACGGCAGCGGCCGAAACCAAAAACGCCGCUGCCGCGGCUGGCACGGGAACACCUGCUGGCUCUGCCGAGACGGCGUCACCCGCUGAUGUCGAGAUGCCACAAACGGAAUCGUCGCGGCCUCUCUCUGCGGAGGAGACGAAAGGAGUGCCGGACACCUCGGCAGAUGCUUCGACUCUGGAUCCGAACUCCAAUCGAGGCGUUCCUCCACCGUCCAGCGACAAGAGAGAUUCGGAGAGCGGGGACGGGAAGGACGGAGAUGCCGCUGCUUCUGCUUCGGCCCCGAGGGCCGACAAGGACGGCACUAGCGCGGAGGGUCCGGACAAAACGAAUGGCGGGAGCAGAGACGCCAAGACCUCCGGGGAAAGCCCCGCGGCUCCAGCGAAAGCGAUCGCCGCCGGGGAUGGUGGCGGGGCCUCGGGUGCCGAGAGCGAUGGGGAACUUCCUCCGAGGCAAGAAGAGGACGCGGAUCGGGCCACCAAGAAGAAAAAGAAGAACAAGAACAAGGAUUCCGCUGCCAGCGCCAAGACCAGCGAGGGCAGCGGCAUCGUCCCGGCACCGACGAGAGAGGUCGUCUUCUGGGGCAAGCAGAUGCCCCAGAAACGGGCCCGCAAGGCCAUCGAGGUGGGCAUGCGGGUGAAGGUCCGCUUCGCCACCAAUGCCACCCGGAUUCGAAAGGACGGCCGCAGGGUUUCCAAGAAGAUCUUUUACGGGGGAAAGGUCACGGCAAAGUCGGCCCUUGGCUCCAAGAUCAAGAUCAAGUACGACGACGGGACCUCGGAGGUCUCCAAGUUCCCCGACAAGGACGUGGUGGUCGAUGCGGUGGGCAACGGGGAGCACGCGGUGCCGGCCGGCGACUUUUUGCCGCCGGAGGACGACGACAACAUCCAGAACGGCAACGAGAACGAGAACAAGCGCGGCGAAACGGAAGCCGAAGCCGAAGGGGCAACCGCGGCGGCAACGACAACGGGUGGCAUUCCCCGUCCCGAAGGCCCUCCUCCGGCGAGUUCGAAACCGAGCGCGGAAGAGGAAAAAAACCCGGGCGAAACGGCUUCUUCCGAGGACGCCGCCAUCGAGGACGGAGAGGUGGAGGAAACGAAAGACACCCAGGCCGCGGAGCCUGCGAAAACAGCUGCCGACAGCGCUCCCGUUACCCCCCGGCGCGAAGCCACCGAUGCGAAGGCAAAGGAGGGCAAGGCCCCCUCAGACGAGCCAAUGGCUCCGGCCUUCUCUCCGGAGGAAGGAGAGCUCUCGCCCGGCAUUACCUUUGCCAAGAAUGGCGAGACCGACUCGCAGCAGCCACAGCCACAACAGCCAUCCCUCGCGUUUUCGGCCCAAUCGAAACCGGUACCCUUUUCUCCGGAAGCGGCUCCGCAGCCACCGCAGGCGGAAAAAGACGACCAUCCACCCGCGGCGGGUCCGCCGAAGGACCAGGACCAGGCCCCCACGGCCCUUUCCACAGGGGAGGGUGGAGCGGGCCAACAACAGCCUCCCUCGGAACGUCCGGCGGCAGCGAAACCAAAGACGGGAAAGAAGCUCUCCAUUCGAAUCCCCGGCCUCGCCAGCAUCACCAAGGCCCUGACCCCCAAGGCGGUGCCUCUGGCAGCAUCGGCAGACGGAGCGACUAAUCCCCUCGCUGCGGCCGGGGAUUCCUCCGCCAAGGCGGCCGCAAAGGCCCCCGGGGACGGCAGCGGUUUGCCGGGGGCGACGGAAAAAGCCUCGGGCAAGCGCAAGCGUGAAUCUCCUGCCUCGGCCCCCGCCGGGGAUGCUUCCGCCGAACCGGCCACCGUGGCCGAGCCAUCCACCAAGCGUAGAAUCAAGGUGGUCCUCGGAAAGACCGGCCUCGGGGGAAGCAGCAGCAACACCGCUGCCCCGGCGGCUCUGGAGGCACAGGAAACGCCCGCGUCCGGAGAACCCUCCGUUUCGCUCGCUGCGGGAUCCAAGAAGGACGCUGCGGUCGAGGAAGCCCCGCUGGCCCCCCCGGCCGUGCAGCCCCCAGCUGCCGAGCCAAAGAAAAAGAAGAAAAAGGCGGAUCGCGCCAAGAGCCCGAGGCCGCUGUCCCCCCUCCCGAGGGCCGGGGAGGCCGAGACGGCCCAGCCCGAGGCCAGCAAGGAAAAAGCGCAGGCCGGUUCCUCCCGUGCCGGGGCCACCGAGAAGAAAUCCAGGGACGACGGGCAGGCGUCGGCGAAGGCCACCGGGAACGACCCCGCGGUUCUACCGGCCGAAGCCGCGGCCCACCGGAGCGGACGAAAGGCCGCGGUGGACGCCAAGGAGAAGAUGAGCGCCAAGCAAAAGGCCAAGAAGGAAAAGGAGGACGCACCCCCGCCCGAAUCCGGAAAGAAGAAGAAAAAGAGACGCCGGCAGGAAGACACCGAGGAACUCAAACUCGAUUCGGACAACGAGCCGAACGAGUGGGUCCAGUGCGACAGCUGCAAGAAAUGGCGGGUCCUCCCCGACAACGUCCGGGCCUCGUCCCUCCCCGAUCAGUGGUACUGCCACAUGAACAUCUACGACAAGAAACGCAACAACUGCCAGGCCCCCGAGCAGAACAACAAGGAGGUCCUGAAGGAACGAAAGGAGCGGAAACGCCGCCUCAAGCUCAAGAAAAAGGCCAGGCGCGAGGCGGAACUGGCCGAGUCGCAGCAGCCGCAACAACAACAGGGAAAGAAGGGCAAGCAGCAGCAACAACAACUCUCGGGACAGGACGACGAGGUGGCGGCGGCGUCGGCGCCACCGAGCAAGAAAAAGGCCAAGCUCGAAAAACUGAACGCGGACAAGCAAACCCCGAGGAGCACCAGCCCGAAACCUACCGGCAAGACGGUCAAGUCGAAGGGAUCCGAGUCGAAGAAAGCCAUUGCCGAGGCCAAGAGAAACGCUGCCGAAAGCGGCAAAAAGUCCAAGGUGAAAUCGGACGACGGGGUGAACCCCACCGAUUCCGGGUCCGAUACGAAAAAAGAGACCAAGAAGAAGGGAAAGAAGGCCAAGAAGGAAGCCCAGGAAAGUUCUCACAGCCAGGACGCAGAAACGGGUGCCGAUGGCAAGAAGCGCAAGAGGGGCCGCCCGGCUAGGAACCAGGCCAUUGCGUCGGGGACGUCUUCUCCCAAUGCCGGCUUUGUCGAGGACCAGGCGGACGAGGACAACGUCGAGUGGGUCCAGUGCGACAAGUGCCAGAAAUGGCGCAAGCUCCCGCCACACAUCAGCUCGGACGAGCUCCCCGACGUUUGGAACUGUGCGAUGAACACCUGGAACCCCGAUUCCGCCAGCUGCGAAGCCGCCGAGGACAAGACGGACGCCCAGCACCAGGAAAUCAACGGAACCUCGGAGUGGCAGCUCCGCCAGACCCACGCCGGAAAGUACUCGUACCGACAGAUGAUCUUCGGGGCCGCGGCCCGGAAGCCGAACCGGCCACCGUCGGAACGGGCCCGCGCCGCCGAGUCUCUGUUUGUCGCGCAGAGCACGGACGAAGAGAACCCCGUUCCGACGACCCAGUACACCAAGUCCAGCGUCUUUUUGCCCCGGGUGUCGAACUUUAACAAGAACAAUGCCACUGAGGAAAAGGCACUGGGCAUCUUUGACAUCUUGAAGAACUCGAACCUGUGGGACGAACUGAGGCGGAUGGAUCCAAACCCACCCAAGGUUCUGUCCACGGCCUGCGGGAACAUCCCCGGCUACCCGGCCUCGACGAAAAUGAUAAAGACCUACGAUUCGCUCACAGUCGAGGUCAAGCACGCGAUGCAGGACGCGGUCCUGCAGACCCUCGAGUUUGGCUGUCUGAGCUCGGACGAGGUGGUUGCCAAGGCGCAGUGGUUUCCAUUUGAGACGUCGGUGGUGAGGGCCUACUGCAACCCGGACAUUAUCGUCCACACGCUCCUGGACCUGGUCCGGGACGGCCUGGUGGAAACGAACGCGGUCCGGAACCCCUUCCUCCCCCUCUCGGAGUGGGUCCCCAGAUACCGGAGGGUAGGGACCCGCCGGGCGAUAGAGGCCGUGGAAGCCAUCAAGGCCUCCCGGUGCAUCAAGAUUUCCAAGCCGUGGAAGCAGCGGGGGACCCCGAAGUCGGCUUUGGAAGAAUGGGUCACCGGGGCCGGGCCGCAGCGGAGCUAGCGGGCCGCCGAAGCAAAUGCAUCCCCCAGGGCAAUCCCCCGACGUACCGCGGGCGAAACCUUCGGUGCGACGCGAUGCUUUUCUGCAGCUUGGUUUCGAACGAAUCCAGGGGCAUUCAUAUAAAAACAUAAAAUUUGG